CACUGCCGCAUCCCCGCGUUCAGUGCCGACGUCCCCUGCCGCCGCCAUGCCCAAAAGAAAGGCUGAAGGGGAUACUAAAGGAGAUAAAGCCAAGGUGAAGGACGAGCCACAGAGAAGAUCUGCAAGGUUCUCUGCUAAAUCUGCUCCUCCAAAGCCAGAGCCCAAGCCUAAAGAGGCCCCUGCAAAGAAGGGAGAGAAGAUCCUCAAAGGGAAGAAGGGGAAAGCCGAUGCCUGGAAGGAUGUGAAUAAUCCUGCAGAGAACCGAGAUGCCAAAGCAGACCAGGCACAAAAAGCUGAAGGUGCUAGAGAUGCCAAGUGA